GUGGAAGGAACGCCACCGGACACGCAGGGCAGUCGGCAUUGUUGGCAAAACAAAUAGCAAUACCAAUAGCAACAGCUACUGGAGGUGGAAGCGCUAAAUAAAACAACACAACGUACACAGCUGCGGCAUAGCUAUAUUUGAAUGUGUCCACGUCGAUACACGUAUCACGAUCUGCUUUCCGUGCUCCUAUCCGUACGAUUCCAGUGCAAAAGAUGAAGGUGACUGCUGCGCAUAGCAACAACCUGAAGUACCUUAGCCUCGUCACACUCACGCUGCAGAAUGCGAUCCUUGGGCUCAGCAUGCGUUACGGCCGGACACGACCGGGCGACCUGUUUCUUAGCUCCACUGCGGUCGUGAUGGCGGAGGUGGUAAAGCUGGUCACCAGCCUGUUCCUCGUGUAUUUGGAGGAGGGUAAGCAUCUGGGCCGGCUACACACCGCACUGUAUCAAACAAUUGUGAAGCAACCGCUCGAUACGCUCAAGAUCUGCGUACCGUCCAUGCUGUACAUCAUCCAAAACAACCUACUGUACGUAUCGGCAUCGCAUCUGGAUGCGGCCACGUAUCAAGUCACCUAUCAGCUCAAGAUACUCACCACGGCGGUGUUUGCGGUGAUCAUUUUGCGCCGCCGCCUGCUGCCUACCCAAUGGGCCGCUCUCGUCUUCCUGGUGGUGGGUGUCGCCAGCGUACAACUGGCACAGACCAGCGAAGACGGUGGUACGGCUGCGACCCGUCAACAAUCAAUGCCACCGGGCGAUGGGCCCACACAGAACCGGCUGCUCGGCUUCAGUGCCGCGCUCGGUGCCUGCUUCCUAUCUGGACUGGCUGGUAUCUACUUCGAGAAGAUGCUCAAAGGUGCAGACAUCUCCAUUUGGAUGCGGAACAUCCAGCUGAGCCUGCUCUCGCUACCGUUCGGUUUGUUAACAUGCGCGGUGAACGAUGGCGCACAGCUCGCUGCUUACGGGUUCUUCUACGGCUAUGACGGAUUCGUCGUCUAUCUGGUUAUCCUGCAAGCGGUCGGUGGUUUAAUCGUAGCCGUGGUCGUUAAAUAUGCGGAUAACAUUCUCAAGGGUUUUGCCACCUCGCUCGCCAUCAUCAUCUCUUGUGUUGCGUCGAUCUACCUUUUCGAUUUCAGCCUUUCGUUACAGUUUACCGUCGGUGCGGCGCUGGUAAUUGGUUCCAUUUUCCUGUAUGGUUACGACCCAGCGUCCAAGAGUGCAAAGUCUAUAUUGAGCGGCACGCGGACAACACCCAAAAGCCUAGCCGAGGCGGAAGAGCGACUGCUUGCGGAAAAGGUUUAGAAAAAAUCUUGCAACAGUGCUGGUAAGCAGGCGCAACCCUCGAAUUCGCAUACGUAGAUGCGAACUUUUUCAUUAUUAUAUUUAAUCUGCACUGGCGGACGUCACAAACUGAGGCACUCGAAUUCCUUUACUGUAUAUUAUUUUGGAUUACGAUAGUAUGGAUCAUCUUUCUUUCUUUUUAGUAGAACAAAAACGUCUGUCCGACCUUACGUGUCUACCAGCAUAGGCGAUAGAAUUUGCCAAUUGCCGACACGGCAUUCUGACUAGUGAGGAUCUUUAUUACCCAGUAGUGAAGAUGUAUAUUUCAAGGUUGUACUUUUUUGUUGAUUCGUAAUGAAUGUCUUGAUAUGAUAUUGCGAUUGGAUUGUUAAAUUUUCUGACAAUAUGUUUACACAACAUAAAUAUCCAGUAAUACUAUAUUGAGCAAGGAAAUGCAAUACAAAUGUUAUCACUUCCAAUACACAGACGUUCCAGAAUUUAAAGCUCCUAAAAAAGACUUCGUCUUCUUUGCGACAUUGCAAUCUCACGACGAAGAACAUAACAACGAAGUCCAUCGUGUGUAAAUGUUAAAUACAAAAGUAAAGCUAUCCAAAUGUCCAGUUUUUGGGAUGUUCGCCAGUUGUAGUUUCGUUUGGGGUCCUUUCGCAAGGUGACCACAAUUAGUCAUAACAAAAGGAUAGCAAAUAAGCAAUAUACUAUCGAACGAGCGUCUAGUGGGCAAUAGUGAGGGCACAAUCAUAGUUGGGGUGGGAUGUAAUUGGAGAAUUUCAACUUGUUACUUAGCAGAAUCGAAAUCUGUAUUGUUAGGUUGUAAGGGCGAUUGCACAUGUUAGUAAUUAGUAUCGAAAGUGAUGAGCUGCCUUGCACGAUGCCGUAUAGUGGCCUAUGUUUUUAAUCCUUCUUUUAUUUUAGUUUAAGUCGAUUACUAAACUUAAUCGUUUUGCGAUGCGAUGUACUGGAAGCUGAAUGGUUUGUGCUGUCAUAAUAUCUAUAUAGCUACGUUUAUUUCAUUCUACAUCUCUUGUCUUGCGAUGGUAUGAUCACUGAAGAAGAAGCAACGCUACAUCACGCCACCGUAAAUCGUGGAAGCAUAAGAAGCAAAACUUUAUAUGCUAUAUACAAAUAGAAAAGUAACCACAACAAUAAAUUGUUUGGAAAUGACUUUUUUCGAUAAGUUACAUUUACAUCUUUAUUGCUCUUAUGAUAUUGCUUUAUAAUAAACAAUACGUAGAACA